UCACAUUAAUUACAACUUUAACACUCUCCCCCUUCACACACUUAUUACACCACGCUCUAACCGUUAUUCAUUCUCACUCCUUCUUCUUCUCUCUCUUUCUCUCUCUGCACUUGCAGAGUAACAAUGGCGUCAACGCUCUCUCUUCUCACCCUUCUAACGCUCUCUCAUUUUCUCCUCAUUGUUCAAUCUUCUCAAAACCCAGACUUCGAAGCUCUCCUAGCUUUCAAAACCGCUUCAGACCCAUCCAAAAAACUCACAACAUGGAAAACUGGCACCGACCCAUGCACUUGGAACGGCGUUUUGUGUGUCAAAGACCGAGUUUCACGACUCGUUCUCGAAAAUCUCGACCUUCAAGGCUCCAUUGAACCGUUAACCUCUCUAACUCAGCUCCGAGUUUUGAGUCUCAAGGGUAACCGUUUCUCCGGCAAAGUUCCAAAUCUCUCAAACUUCUCUUCACUGAAACUUCUCUUCCUCUCUCACAACCAUUUCUCCGGCGAGUUCCCGGUAACUCUAACGUCGCUCUUCCGUCUCUACCGUCUCGAUCUGUCUUACAAUAACUUCUCCGGCGAGAUUCCGGUAACAGUCAACCGUUUACCUCACCUCCUCACUCUCCGUCUCGAUAUGAAUCAAUUCUCCGGCCUCAUUCCCGAACUAAACCUUCCCGGUUUACAAGACUUCAAUGUCUCCGGUAACAAUCUCUCCGGCGAGAUACCGAAAACUCUGUCGACAUUCUCUGAAUCCUCGUUCUGGAAAAACUCGUUUCUCUGUGGAGCUCCGUUGGAGAAAUGCAAAGCGGUUGAACCAAACAAACCCGGAUCCGAAGGUGCCACAGCUACUUCACCAUUGGUACCAAGCAGUGAAACCCCAACAACAACAGUUUCAUCUUCACCUAGCACAAUGCCAACAACUACACCAACAACAACAAACCCCAAAAGCCAUGAAAAAAGAGGUUCGAAAAUGAGUCCUAUAGUUCUAAUAGCAAUCAUAGUAGGCGACAUUUUCGUUCUCGGAAUCGUUUGUUUAAUUCUCUACUGCUAUUUCUGGAGAAACCACGCUUCCAAAUCGAAACAGCGAAAAGGGUUGAAGCUAUUCGAGAGUGAAAAGAUAGUGUAUUCUUCGAGUCCUUACCCUACUCAAGGAGGGUUUGAGAGGGGUAGAAUGGUGUUUUUCGAAGGCGAGAAAAGGUUCGAGCUUGAAGAUUUGUUGCGUGCUUCAGCUGAAAUGCUUGGGAAAGGUGGAUUUGGAACUGCUUAUAAAGCUGUGCUUGAUGAUGGGAAUGUCGUUGCUGUGAAGAGGUUGAAAGAUGCGCAGAUUGCAGGGAAGAGGGAAUUUGAGCAACAUAUGGAAGUUCUUGGAAGGAUUAGGCACCCGAAUGUUGUGAGUUUGAGAGCUUAUUAUUUUGCAAGAGAAGAGAAGCUUUUGGUGUAUGAUUUCAUGCCUAAUGCUACUCUGUUCUGGCUUCUUCAUGGAAACAGAGGACCUGGAAGAACCCCACUGGAUUGGACCACAAGGCUUAAGAUAGCAGCUGGUGCAGCACAAGGUGUAACUUUCAUUCACAAUUCAUGUAAAUCCCUUAAACUCACCCAUGGUAACAUCAAAUCCACCAAUAUCCUCCUUGACAAGCAAGGAAAUGCCCGUGUGUCGGAUUUUGGGCUUUCAAUCUUCAACAGCCCAAGCCCAAUUGGAGCUGGUGGUAGAUCAAACGGUUACCGUGCUCCUGAAGUAACCGACGGUCGAAAACAGUCGCAGAAAUCUGAUGUAUACUCUUUUGGUGUUCUGUUGCUGGAGCUGCUCACAGGGAAGUGUCCUUCUGCGGUGGAGAGUGGUGGAAGUGGAGGUGGUUAUGGUGGUUCGAUGGUUGAUCUACCUAGAUGGGUUCAAUCUGUUGUGAGAGAGGAAUGGACUGCUGAGGUUUUUGAUUUGGAGUUGAUGAGGUACAAGGAUAUUGAAGAGGAAAUGGUUGGGUUGCUUCAGAUUGCUAUGUCUUGUACUGCUGCUUUGCCCGAUCAACGGCCGAGAAUGUCACAUGUUGUUAAGAUGAUUGAGGACUUGCGUGGGGUCGAAGUGUCACCAUGUCAUGACACGGCGGGCUCUGUCUCUGACUCACCUUCUUUGUCUGAAGAUGCCUGUGCUGGUACUAGUAGUCAGUAAAAAACUUUGAAGGGGUUUUAGCUUUGUAGGGAAUGGAUGAAAGGUUCUAGAUACGGUGGUGGUUAUUGUAAAUCACAUUAUUGGGGGGUUUUAUUUUCAAAUUUUGGCCUUUUUUUUCUUAUCUUGGAUUUGUUUGAUGAUCCUUUAACCCAUUCUUACCUAUCAUAUGCCU